GAGGACAACUAAAACGAUUGGAGUGUAGUAACUAGAAGAAGUUGCACCGUCUGUGCAUCGCUGCAUAGAUCCGCGGGGUGCCUAGUGAUGUACGGUAACUACAGAGCCUACGACUCGAGCUGGUCUACUAGAAACGGGAGGGCGUCAACUGCUGCAACGAACUCAACGACAGUCGUAGUGCGAGAGAACGGGACGAUGGGUCGACACACGAGCGACAGUCCGCCGCCCAUUACAAUCGGGGACGGGAAGAGACGGCCGAUCAGAGAUCGUCUUCAUAACAUCACCACGGCCAUGGCUUGGAUCAAGGAAGAACUGGAGGGGAUAAAGGAACAAGACAAGACACUGAUAGACAUCUUCAAGAAGGUCCAGGGAGAUGUGAAGGAGUUAAAUGGGUUUGUCACCAACAAUCGCAGUAGCUCGUCAUUACAGGGAACCCCUUCAUCAGCCCCUCCUCCUUCUCAGCCCCAGCAAACUCCGUCUGUCCAAAAAGACACAAGUCUGGAGCUGGAUUUCGAUGCCCUGACGACGAAGACGACGAGCUCUCUGAGAGCGGCGAGCACAAGACGAGCUCCCUGUCAGGGGGUUCCCCCUCCCCUCCGCUCCCCAGCGGCAGUUCUCGCGGCCUCACGGACAGCGGGACGAGCUACUCAAACAUCGACACACAGUCCAGUCUCGAUUUCGCCGGUAGCAGGGACAACCUCAGCGCUCAUCCGACGAACCAGAGUGGGGGCGAGGUAGGGAGGAAAAGCGGGGUAACUGGAGUAAGUGGGAGUAAAGACUCGGCUCCGAUGAGCCCGACUGGUGGGGUUUCUCUGUCGCUCGGGAGUCUGGAUAUCGAUUUCGAUUUCCCGUCUUCGUUUGGGCUCGGCACUAUCAGCGAGGGGCGCUCCCUUAUGAACAUACCCACGACAAUCUCAGACACCUCUCGCUACGAGGACUCGAGCUCAACUGCAACCAGCAGUGGGCAGACGUCGUCUCAGAAAGCUGGCACGGGAGGUCUCCAGAGGAGCGUGUCGCAACAACCUCUGCAGGCUCCGAGCGUGUCGGACAAAGGUCGAAACAACACCUACCAACCUCAGAAGAAGCCUGCUCCGCAGACAGCCCCGAAACCGCGGCGAGGGGCGUCGGUUAAUCAAGGCCCGCCCCCCACAAUCUUCAGCAGUUUGCAGCGAAACGGGCAGCUUCCUCCACUCUCGAGACCAAUGGCUCAGCCGGCAAUCUCAAAGAUCGGUCGACAGAGCUCCGAGUCAUCGUCCGAGAGAAUAUCGCCGCAGCAAGCAAGGAAAGAGAUGAUGAAAUCGACACCGGCUCUCUUCCCGUCUCCCCCGCGCUCUCGACGUAACACAGACUCGCUACCUCGUCCGUCGAACAGCCGAGUAAUGACGCCUCUCCUUCCGUUCCAGGCCCAGCAGGAGCUGCGAGAGGCUGCACUCCGAGCCAAACAGGAAUCGUCCUUGGGAAAGAAGUCCUCAAACGGAGGAGUCAUCCCACAUAUGACACCCGGAUCACCAAUCCUUAUUCGCAAGGGCGGCUCUUCGAAACAGUCUUCCCCGCCACUGUCUGCUUACCGAUCUACGACCGGUGGUGGGAACAAUAAACACUCGCCGAUUCACGGACAGCGGAAUUCUCCAACAUCCUCCAGACUGUACCCUGCCCACCUCUCUCCCGGUGGUAUGAAGGGUAGUUCCAGUAUGACUCGUCUCGCCCCCUCUUCUUCUUACUCUUCCUCCACCUCUCGCGGUACGCAAGAGGAGACGACGUCCACGAUGAGUCGCAACAGCUCCAUGGACAGUGGGAUACAGUAUAUCAGUGAGGGAGAGACGGGGGGCGGGGCCACGACAGGAGAGCGUGCCAGCAACACGAGCACGACUACCACGGACAGUAUCGCCACGACUACAAGUCUCACAUCUGCGGGGUCAGGGGUCAAAGAACCAGUGGGAAGAAACGAAGACACUGCGACGACUAAGAAGAAAGUUGAAACGGGAGGACUGGGCGAUUUCAGUGAUGUACUCAGCGUUCUUUCUAACUGGUGAUGGAGGGACUCCUGUGAUGAUGACUAUAAAUUAUACAACCAUGGAAAUGACUAUUAUCCUGCAGACCUAUUAUGUACGAUGUGUAUCAGCACUAAUUUCAGGAGUUGUGUUUAUGUGUGCUUUGUCAUUAUUAUGUAAUUUUAUGUAAUUGAAAUGAGGCACAUUUUUUUGUAAAUGGAGCACAAUUUAAUGGUUUCAUUAUUGAUGCAAUCAUCAGUUUCCUCAAAAUAUUAAUUUUGUCACCACAAUUUUUGUGCUGCAGAUUAUGUGUGUGAAUGUGUAAAAAUGGUGUAUGUUUUACUAGAUUUUGUGGUGUGUUUUCUGUUUUAUCAUUCUUCAUUAUAAUUGUAUUAUGCAUGCAUAUAAUGCUUUAUUGGAAGAGGAU